CUCUGUGAGUGGGAAGAGCAGAGCAGAUGCUGGAAUGAGAUGCCAAAGCAGCUCCCCUUUCCCCUGCGCUUUUGGGUGCCUAUAAAUUGCUCCAGCGCGCUCGUCAGCCUCCUCGUCUCCUGGCAGGUGGCACCCGGGCAGGAUCCCGCUCUCUCUCGGCUCCGGCUCCGGCUCCGGCGCGGCGGUGCGGUUCGGGCUCUCGGCGGCGGGCAGCGGGGCGGCCGGGAGGCGCGUCCCCGCGGAGGACUGCCGUCUGUGCGAGGGGAGGAAACAGAGGAGAGAGCGAGCAAGCGAGGAGGCGAGCGGGGCGAUCGCGAGAGGAGAGGCAAGUUCCAGGGAAAGUUGACUCAGACUGGCACAGCCUGCAAAAAAAAAAGUCGAUCGCCAGCAGGAGCAUAAAAGUGCGGGCGGCCGGGGCGCGGCGGCAGCGCUCCCUCCCCUCCGCUGCUCUCCUCUGCUCUCCCUCCCGCCCCGCGGCCGCAGCGGAGCCGCGACCCGCUGAAGUCCCCGCCGCCACCGGCAGCGGGAGGGCGACGAAGCCCCAGGGGAGCCGAGCUCGGGCGGGCUCGGCGGUUUUUCGGCUCUGAGGAGGUCCCCCGCCAACCAUCAAGAUUUUGUCCAAAAGCAGGCAAGAGGAUCGCCCUGCGCUGAGCCGGCUGGUGGGCAGCAGGCGGCGGCUGAUCGCGGCCGGCGCGCUGGGGGUGGUGAUGGUGCUGCUGCUGGUCAUCCUCAUCCCGGUGCUGGUCAGCUCCGCCGGCACCUCGGCGCACUACGAGAUGCUGGGCACCUGCCGCAUGGUCUGCGACCCCUACGGCGGCACCAAGGCGCCCAGCACGGCGGCCACGCCCGACCGCGGCCUCAUGCAGUCCCUGCCCACCUUCAUCCAGGGGCCCAAGGGGGAGGCCGGACGGCCGGGCAAAGCGGGGCCCCGCGGGCCCCCGGGGGAGCCGGGGCCGCCCGGCCCGGUGGGGCCGCCGGGUGAGAAGGGCGAGCCGGGGCGGCAGGGUCUGCCCGGUCCCCCCGGCGCACCGGGGCUGAACGCGGCUGGGGCCAUCAGCGCCGCCACCUAUAGUACCGUGCCCAAGAUCGCCUUCUACGCCGGCCUCAAGCGGCAGCACGAGGGCUACGAGGUGCUCAAGUUCGACGACGUGGUCACCAACCUGGGCAACCACUACGACCCCACCACCGGCAAGUUCACCUGCUCCAUUCCCGGCAUCUACUUCUUCACCUACCAUGUGCUCAUGCGGGGCGGCGACGGCACCAGCAUGUGGGCCGACCUCUGCAAGAACAACCAGGUUCGAGCUAGUGCGAUUGCUCAGGAUGCUGAUCAGAACUACGACUAUGCCAGUAACAGCGUGGUUCUUCAUUUGGAGCCAGGAGAUGAAGUUUACAUUAAAUUAGAUGGAGGAAAAGCACAUGGAGGAAACAACAACAAAUACAGCACAUUUUCUGGAUUUAUUAUUUAUGCUGACUGAUAAUGAGUAAAACAGACCCACCAAACCAGUCCAAAAAUGAAGCUUGCUCUUCUAAGCAAUGGAUUUGCGUGGCAAAAGUCAAUGAAACAAGCACCCCAGCAGAGAGCGACCAUCGAGCACCUCAGUAGCAGGGGGGAAAAGUCGAACGCUACCUGAUUCACAUCUGUACAACACAGAGAAACCUUAUGUUAAAAAAUUGCAAAACAAGUUAAACAGAUGUGCGAUCCAGUACCGCCAAAGCAAAUACUUCCUCAUUGUCAGUGUCCAUGUGAAUGAAGUCCUACAUAGAGCAAAUUUUUAUAGAAACAUAAAACACCACCUAAGGACGCUGAGGUAUUUUUUCAAUGUGUAUGAUACUUUGAUGUGUUAUGAUCUUGCUGCUUUAUCCAUACUUCAGCUUCGGUUCUUGUGACUUACUUGCUAACAAUGAUGCUUGGAGUCCACUCAUAGUGUGAUGAGGAAUGAUUUUCCAAUAAAAGGAAGGGGUAAUCAAAAUAUACUUUCUCUCUCCAAAGGAAUUGUUUGACUUGUACUUUUCUUAUCCUUCUACAUAAAACUAGAAACUAAUCAGCUUCAAGCCUUAACUCAAUGUUCCUGCUUUGUAGGUUUACAUUAGACUUUUGACAUCAAAUCAACCCAGUGGAGUUGUUUAAAUUUUGUUUUCCCCUUAGCUGUGUUCUAAAGGAAAAGGGAUAGAAGAAACACUUUUCUUUUUCUUACUUCCUGAAAAAUAUAGCUAUAUAAAAUAGAAUAUAAACUAUUCUAUUGGACCAAAUCCCUGAUUCCACCAAAGCCAAUGGCAAAACUCCCAUUGAUAUUAGUGGAAAAAAAAAGACGAUUUGGCCUUUAAAUUGUAAACAUGUAAAUAUAUGAAUUUAGACAAUUCUUACAGGCCCAUACUAGACGGUUAGUUGUGUAAAUAUUUAGCAAGGCUGGCAUCCACAUCCUCAGACUAAGGUAGUGUUUUCUUUGCAGCAAUUAGUUGUCAUUAGUCCUUUAGCGCUUAGUCUGUACUUGGGUACAAUUUUUAAUAAAAUAGUGAUGACUUAACAUACUGCAGAUGUUCAACUAGAAUUUCAUAGGAGUAUAAUGGGUCAAAACAUUACUCGUCUUAGGUGUCUUGUCUCACUGAUGUUAGUGGGCUUAUUCCUACAAAGGAAGAAUGGGAGAUCUGACACGUGAGAGAAUGCUGUCACACUGACCUUUUCCAUGGUAGCUAGUUACUGGUUUGUAGUAAGGUGUGCCUAUGAAAUGGACACAAAUAAGCAUAUUACCAAAAAUGAUAACACAUAUGCAAAGAAAGAAGCAGAUAUUUACAUGCAAAAAAAAAAAGAAGUGUGUAUUAAAACCUAUUUUUCUCAUUCAUAUAUAUAUAGAUAGAUAUAUAUAAAGUCUCAAAGAAGUUUAAUCCAUAGAAAGGAUUAAUGGCUUGGAGAAUUAAACUAAACACAGGCAUUAUGAGUUGCAUAGUUAUAAAAAUGCUUUAAAAUCAGUUAAUACCAGUAAUGUCCAUAGAGUAUUUUUAUUCAGAAAAUGGAUUUAUUAUUUGGUUUGGUUUGGGGAGGGGAGGCUGUCUGUUUCUCUCAGGUUAAAACUUGCAGAUCUCAUUCUAAACCUAAAUUAUAGCAGGAUAAUUAAUUAGCUCCUUAGCACAGUUGGUUAUAUUGCUUAACGUUUUGGCAAAAUGAAGGUACCAUUUUCAUAACUUCUUAAAGAGUAAUAGAAGCUACCCCUAGCGUUUCUGUUUCAUGUACUUUGCCACAAGCAACCUUGUCUAAUUACUAAGGGUACAGACUUAGAUUUAUCUGUACUAAGAUGCUGAAUGUGUCUGCCACUGUGACAAAAAAGCUCUUUGAUGCUGGCUGCUCAGUAAAAGGUUUUAUGAAUCUGUCAGAAAAUUUCUUGUUUGAACGAGUUAAAUUUAUUUUAAACAGAAAGUGUUACUCUGUUUUGACUUGUCCACUUCAAAACAAGUAUUGAGUUAGUCUAGGCUGACAGAUCCAGUUUAAUUCAGCUAGGAUUUAUAAAGGGACAUUGUGCUGCCAAUUGCUUGUGUAUUAUCUCACCAGGCUGGUAACACUUUUACUUUAUGACAAAGUGCCAACCUAUACCCUUACACUGCAGUGAUUACUCCUGGGCUGGUUUUUUUCCUACAAGGUAAUGUAUUUUAUUAACAGAUGUGUAAUAGACUUCAGGUCUGUUCGCUCCAUGGUUGCUUUCAUUGGUUAGCACACUCACAACAGCAGUGUAGCCAGAGAUUCUCUACAGAGUAUUCAACAGUAACGUAGCAGGCUAGAGAUCAUUUACAAUUUGCAAUGUGCAUUUACUAAGGUAUUUAUUGGAAAAGCGUAGUACUACCAGAUGAUAAGGUCCAAGUUGAAGAAGUUUUUGAAAUCAGGCUACCACUGCCACUGGAUAAGACCAUUUUUUGGAUAAAUCACCUGCCCUGGUUAAAGUUAGACAAGAGCAAAGAACACACUUUAUGUGAAAAACACAUAGAAAGCAAACAUUUCUUCCUUUUUCAUCAUAUCUUGAUAUACUGAUUUGUAAAGACUUAUAUCACAACCUUUGUUAUAACUAUUACAACUCAUUAAAACUGUAUUAUGUAAUACA